GUUCUCAUUUGGAGUAAAUAUUUAAUGUUAAGUCUUUAACAUGGACAAAAAUAGCUUUGUUAAUGUGACGGCAGGUACAAAUUAUGUUCAAAGUAAAAAUCAAACGGACAUGUCUUCAUCUGAGCCAUACGAAGCAGCUGCUGCAACAAUUUCCUUACUUUUGUUCAUUAUCAUAGUUUGCCUAAAUGGACUUGUAAUUUACAUCCUCGUGUUCAGGAAACAUGAAAAGAGUCGCCUCUUCUAUUUUGUACUGAAUUUAGCAAUAGCAGAUUUUCUCGUGGGUGUAUGCAGUGUCCUUGUACUUGGUAUAACUAGUGCAAUGCACAAAGAAUGGUAUGGUGGUGACUUUAUGUGUAGACUUACACGUUUUAUGUCAACAACGACUGUGAUUGCAUCUAAUAAUCUUCUGAUCAGCAUGAGUGUAGACAGGUUUCUGGCAAUAAAGUAUCCAUUUAAAGUUCUAAGAAUAGGUAUUUAUAGGAAUUUAGACAAAUGCUUGGUCGCAGGGGCAUGGCUUAUCAGUAUAGUGGUCUCAAGUUUUUUCAUCAUCUACAGUCGGGGAGUAAAUGCAAAUCCAAAUAGAGCUGAUAUUGAUGAACAAAAAGGUGGCUGUGAUAUCAAACUUCCAGAUAAUUGGUGGAAGCCGUAUAGUCUUACAGUUGCAGUAAUUAUCUAUGUGUUACCAACAAUCGGUAUAACAGUAUGUUAUGUUGGUAUAUGUAUCAUAGUUUGGAUGAAAUGGCAUUCAAGGGUAAAAUUAUCAGAGAUAAACACCGAUGCAAGCAGAGACCGACUUCAAGGUGACAACUCAUUAAAACAAGGAGUUCUUCCGAAGGCGAAGAUAAAGAGCAUCAAAAUGACAAUGGUCGUAUGUUUGGCCUUUUUCUUAUGCUGGACGCCUUAUUUCGUAGUAAUGUUGAUGUACAUAUUUCACCCAGGUACGGUGGGAGAGAACUUUACUCUUUUAUUCAACUGUCUAUACCCACUCAACAGUGCCUGUAAUCCUAUUGUAUUCAUGUUAUUCAAUCGCAAACUGUUCACUUGCGACACUUGCGGAAAAAACGACCAACAUGCUGUACAAUCGUAUGAAGACAGGGACACACAAAUGACGUCAAUCUGACUAGGUGCUUGCAUCUGGUUAGUACUGGAGAUGUUACACGUUGAAAGAAGAUCAAAUAAAUCAAGGCACUAAAAUGAGUACAGCAUUGAUUCAUGGCUACAAAAUUUGAAAUUUAAACAAACAAAAAAAACAGGAAUUGUCACGUUUAAUGCAAAGAAACAUGUCUAAAAUAUUCGAAAAAAAGUCAAUGCUUUACAUACAUAAUCUACUAAUAUUUUUUGUCUUAUUCCAAAGGAAUGUUUCUUUUUUUUGUUAUUACUUCAGAUAUUUAAGCAACAACAUAAUUCAUUAGUACUGAAAGUAUUACACUCUUUCAAACUGCUGCAAUAGUCCGUCCCAUUUUUAUCAACAAUCUAAUUUGAAUUUGUUUUAUUUUUGUACAAUCAUAAUAUUUAUUUUUUAUCAAAACAGAUUUGAAAAUUCCAUGUUAA